ACACCCCGGUGAAAUUGGCGGCGCUUUUUCGUUAGCGUUACUUAUUUUUGGGUUUCAUAAUUAUAAUUUGGUGGCUCUCCGGUUGAAGUUUCCAGAGAUUCAAAGAGUGUGGAGGACAGAGAUGGAAGCGAGGGAGUCUCAGGUGGCAACGGUGUCUCAGCGGGAGCAAUUGAUGGUGGAGAGUAAGGUGUUUCAGAUCUACACUAUGUUCGCCGAUCUUCCCCGCAACGCUCAAUCGCUCAUGUUGGAACUUCAGCGUGAUAACCACUCGGAGUAUCUUAACCGAGGUUUAAGACAACUUGGCCCUGCAUUUUGUGUUUUGGAUGCCAAUCGACCUUGGCUUUGCUAUUGGACCCUGCACUCGUUGGCACUACUGGGGGAGUCCGUUGAUGCUGAACUGGAAAGCAGCACCAUUGAUUUCCUUAGCCGUUGUCAGGAUUCAAGUGGUGGAUAUGGUGGUGGACCUGGUCAGUUGCCUCAUCUUGCAACGACAUAUGCUGCUGUCAAUUCGCUUGUUACUCUAGGCAGUCAUAAAGCUUUAUCAUCAAUCAAUAGAGAUAAUUUGUAUGCAUUUCUGCUUCGCAUGAAGCAGCCAAGUGGAGGUUUCAGAAUGCAUGAUGCUGGAGAAGUUGAUGUUCGGGCUUGCUACACUGCCAUAUCUGCUGCAAGUAUUCUAAACAUUUUGGAUGAAGAACUGACUCAGAAUGUUGGAAAUUACAUUGUAAGUUGUCAAACUUAUGAAGGUGGAAUUGCUGGGGAGCCUGGUUCUGAAGCUCAUGGUGGGUACACCUUCUGUGGGUUGGCUACAAUGAUUCUGAUCAAUGAAGUUAAUCGUUUGGACUUGACUCGUUUGAUUGAUUGGUUGGUAUUUCGGCAAGGAAGGGAAUGCGGAUUUCAGGGGAGAACAAAUAAAUUGGUUGAUGGUUGCUAUUCCUUCUGGCAGGGAGGUGCUUUUGCAUUAUUACGGAGAAUUUCUUCAUUUGUUGAUGAACAAUUGGUGAUGCCGGGUACUGGAGGACACUCCACUAUAAAUAUGCCACACAGUUCUACAGCAUCUUUAUCUGAAGGGGAAGGUCUUCCAGGAUUUAAUGCUUCUUCUUCAGUGAAUCUAAAUGAUAUUGGUUACAAUUUUAUCAAUAGACAUCCAGAAAUGGAGCCUCUCUUCCAAAGCAUGGCACUGCAGCAAUAUAUACUUCUAUGCGCGCAGGAUCAAAGUGGGGGACUCAGAGACAAACCUGGGAAAGCUAGAGACUUUUAUCACACUUGUUAUUGUCUAAGUGGCCUCAGUGUGUGUCAGUAUAGCUGUUCAGAGGAUGAGGCGUCUCCACCAUUGCCAAGUGCAGUAUUGGGACCGUAUUCCAAUCUGUUGGAACCCAUCCAUCCCUUGUACAAUGUUGUCUUAGAACAAUACCAUGAAGCUCGUAGAUUCUAUACGAGUUCUUGAACGAUAUGUGUUUUAGGUCACUAUGAAGUUUCAUAAUUAUGGGCGUAUGAAUCCGCUUUGUUAGACUAUUUAUUACUACUUUGGACAUGUAGAAAUGGUAGGGAACUCUUGCUCUUCCGUGGUAUAAUUAAUGCAAGGACAACAUUCUUCCUUCUUC